AUGGCGAUAAUUACAGUGAUCGUAGACGAUCACCACCAUUGUUUACCAGAUAUUCACCUGGCCAUUCGUCAACGUCGCUUGUCUUUCUCUAAUAUUCACGUGGUGCAUGUGGAUGCCCAUCCCGACUUAUCCUUCCCCCCUGCAAUCGAAACCGAUACAAUUUUUGAUCCAGAGACGCUUUAUAAUAUACUGGAUGACUCAGUAGCUGGAAUUGCAGAGUUUUUAUUACCCUUAGUGUAUGCAGGUCAUGUGACGCAAAUUACGUGGUUGAAACCUUCGUGGUCGAUGCAGAUACCAAUAGGUUCAUUUAAACAAGUGGUGAUUGGAAAACGCAAGAUAAACGGUACAAUGGGAGUGACAAGUGAAUUGCCAUAUUUUGUAGAGGACGAACUCUUUUGUCCGGUGAAGGACUUGGAUGUAUCCUCUCGUCGGUAUUGGGAUCUGUUCGUGACGGAGAUCAAUUCGUCAGAUUUUGCGACUGCAGUAGCGAUUGAAGCGGUUGCCAAUGCUCGACAAUGUUCGAAGAGCUACAUUCUCGACAUUGAUCUCGACUAUUUCUCUACUUGGAAUCCGUUCCGCAAAGACUUGGAAGCGCUUAUUGGGGAAGUAGGUGUGAAGACUGUGACGCGAUUUUUCUCCUGUGUUCGCUACAAGCGAGAACCUCUCGAGGUGAUAGCAGCUACGCACCGCAAUUCAGAGAGAAAGACAUUUUGCGAGCUUGUGAAACGACUUAAAGCGGCUGAUGCGAUGGAGGAUACCAUUACUCGCAGGUCAACAUGGGCUCAGGUUCGAAGUAAAAUCAUAUCGUUGUAUGAAGACAAUGUCGAUGCGGAAAAGCUCCUUGACGAGUUUACCCAAGUGCUGGAAGACCAUCGAGAUGACAAGGCUGCACGACGCGAGAUUUGGGCAGCGGGGCCUUUUCUUGAUCUACCUCAUCACGAAAGCUCCCAAGACGAUUUUGAGCGUAUGGUAAGCCAACUGGAGCAAUUUCUUUUGACGCAUACACUGGAUGAAGACAAUCCCCCAGCAAUUGUAACAAUCGCCAAGUCCACGGGCGACGAGUUCUUGCCUCCGUAUCAAUUAGAUGCAAUCUUACCAAGUGUGCUUGAGAUGCUCGAGCGAGUUUAUGGAGAGCUGGCGGUAAAGUCUGUGGAAUAUGAGUCUCUUGAAAGAUGA